UCCCUCCGAUGUCAACAACUACAGACCAGUAUCCCUUCUUUCUUUUCUCUCCAAAACUCUUGAACGUGCCGUCCUUGGCCAGCUCUCCCGCUAUCUCUCUCAGAAUGACCUUCUUGAUCCAAAUCAGUCAGGUUUCAAGACUAGUCAUUCAACUGAGACUGCUCUUCUCUGUAUCACGGAGGCGCUCCGCACUGCUAAAGCUAACUCUCUCUCCUCUGCUCUCAUCCUUCUAGACCUAUCGGCUGCCUUCGAUACUGUGAACCAUCAGAUCCUCCUCUCCACCCUCUCCGAGUUGGGCAUCUCCGGCGCGGCCCACGCUUGGAUUGCGUCCUACCUGACAGGUCGCUCCUACCAGGUGGCGAAUCGCAUCUCUGCAUGUCUGGCAGACAUAUCAGUGUGGAUGACGGAUCACCACCUCAAGCUGAACCUCGGCAAGACGGAGCUGCUCUUCCUCCCGGGGAAGGACUGCCCGUUCCAUGAUCUCGCCAUCACGGUUGACAACUCCAUUGUGUCCUCCUCCCAGAGCGCUAAGAACCUUGGCGUGAUCCUGGACAACACCCUGUCGUUCUCAACUAACAUCAAGGCGGUGGCCCGUUCCUGUAGGUUCAUGCUCUACAACAUCCGCAGAGUACGACCCUGCCUCACACAGGAAGCGGCGCAGGUCCUAAUCCAGGCACUUGUCAUCUCCCAUCUGGAUUACUGCAACUCGCUGUUGGCUGGGCUCCCUGCCUGUGCCAUUAAACCCCUACAACUCAUCCAGAACGCCGCAGCCCGUCUGGUGUUCAACCUUCCCAAGUUCUCUCACGUCACCUCUCUCCACUGGCUUCCAGUUGAAGCUCGCAUCCGCUACAAGACCAUGGUGCUUGCCUACGGAGCUGUGAGGGGAACGGCACCUCAGUACCUCCAGGCUCUGAUCAGGCCCUACACCCAAACAAGGGCACUGCGUUCAUCCACCUCUGGCCUGCUCGCCUCCAUACCACUGAGGAAGUACAGUUCCCGCUCAGCCCAGUCAAAACUGUUCGCUGCUCUGGCUCCCCAAUGGUGGAACAAACUCCCUCACGACGCCAGGACAGCGGAGUCAAUCACCACCUUCCGGAGACACCUGAAACCCCACCUCUUUAAGGAAUACCUAGGAUAGGAUAAA